AAUACAAACCCCUCACACACAAAACCCUCUCUCAGACGCUCCCUCCUCUCUCUCUCUCUCUCACACACACACACACACACACACACACACACACACACACCCUUUCGAUCGGCGAUUUGGCCCUCAUCUCUCUCUCUCUCUCUCUCUCUCUCUCUCUCUCUCAGACGAUCAUACCCCCCUCUCUCUCUCAGUCGAUAGGCGAUUCGAACCCCUUCUCUCUCUCACUCGCCAGUCAGCAGUCAACCCCCUGGCUGCGGCGGGGGCGCCGAUCCUCUGCGGACGCGGGGACAAGAGGACGAAGAAAGGGAAGAGGUUCAAGGGAUCGUACGGAAACUCGAGGCCGAAGAAGGAGAAGAUGAUCUAGCGAAUUAAAGACAAGAUCAGAUGUGCCGGUCCGCCCCUUGGCCCCGCCUUUUUAAGCUCAUCUGAUGUUUCUUGCUUUUCAUAGGAGACGUAGUAAUGCAAAUGUGUUUGAAAACCUAGGGUUAGGAUUUUUGGGAUUCGUAGCUUUGUAGCCCUAAUUCUCAUCGAUCAAGAAUUCAAAUUUGUAAACCGUUAGUAAUUAGAGAUCUCUUUAUAUUCUCUCUCUCAUACCCACCGCCCCACCCACAACGGCCACACCCACACAUGAAACCCCCUCCUCUCUCUCUGGUACAGUUAUCUUUCUGUGAUUUUCAGAGCAUAAUGAACAUGUCUGUUUCUUUUUUGUUUAUUCAUUCAAUUUGAUUUCUCACUGAUAACCUUCUUGGUCAAGAGAUAGGCUUUUUUCAAUUUGAUCAUGUCACAACUGUCUUGGUUGUUUUGAUGAUUGUGUAAUUAAUACUUUGUGUUAAUGAAAGUAGAGAAAAUGAGUUGCAUUGAAUUUAUUCCUAAUUUACUUUCUAGCACUUUCUCCUAAUCAUGCACUAUUAUAUAGUUUUAGUUAAACUGAGUUAAGCCAUAACCCAUUGGUUAGGGAAUUAAAGAGUGGAAAAACAUUAGAAGAUAGCGCCUACUAGGUGUUUGACUAAAUGCCGAGCAAUGGGUUACGAGAUAAGAGGAUUAAGGGCAUCCAAAAUAGUUUAAAUUCUAUAUAUGUUGGCUGACGGGGAAGGCUCUUAUAGAUGGGAUUAUGAAAAAAGGGGAGGAUUUCAAACAGUUUGUGACAUGCUUCACACUUGAAUUGUGUCAUUUGAACACUCUAGAUAUUUGUCCAUUUGAACAUGGUUUUGUGAUGCAAUACCAUUAAACAUUAGAAUCCUAUGUUGGGUAUUGUGUUUGUUUAUUGGUUGUGCUUGACUUAGUUUUUUUUGUUGGCUAUGCUAUGGUUACCACUUACACUUUCAAAUUUUGGCAAGACCUACCAUUUUGUACAAGUAUCAAUACUCUUGUAAUAAAACAGCAAACGUUGGUUGCCAAGCCGCGAAAAUACAAAAUACCCCUUAUAGGAUUACCCUUGUAGUUUGAAUUGGAGGGUAGGGUCGUCAUUUUGCCUUGUUUGGAAGACCUACACCGAAUAAUUUUUCGGGUAAAAGCUACGUAUUUUUGUAUUUUUUACUGAAAAAAGCUACUACCUCCGUCCCAAAAAGUUGGCACUUUCGGGAGUGUGCCAUUUUCAAUCGCCUAUAUUGUUCAAUGUGAAUGUCAAAAAAUAUGCUAUAUGGAUCUUGUUUGAUAGAUCUUAAUUAAUUCUAUUAAACAAAGUUUUCAAAAUCACAUAAAACUUUAUAAAUCGAAAGAUAUAAGCGAUCAAAAAUGGCAUGCAGUCCCAAAAGUGUCCAACUUUUUGGGACGGAGGGAGUAAUGUUUUUUCCGGAUUUUGCUGAAAUUGUGUACUCUUUUACCCAGAUUUUACCAUUUUGCCCUUUUAUUUGCGUACUGUUUGUUCUUAGUUGUUGGGGUAUUUUAGGCUUUCCCAGUCCAUGUAGAGGGCUGUUCCCUUAUUUUGCAGCGUCUUCUCUGGCCUCUUAUCUCGCCUUUACCUGUGUUUUCCGUUUCUUUGUCGACAAGGAAUUUCUUCAAAUAUGGCUUUCACAAUUGUAAUUCCUAAGCCUAUUUAGGUUAUUGUCGUUGGAGAGAGAGAGACUGGUUACUGUUUGAGCAGCUUCAUAGAGUACUCUAAGAACUGUUUCUGCUUCGAACGGCGUCACAAAGUUCUCUUUUGAUUGAAGAACUCUUCUAGUGGCUGUGGAUGAAAGAUUUUUGGGAAGGAUAGAGAGAAGCUGUCAUGCGAUUUGCUAUUUGAAAGAUCUCUCUGAAUAUACACUUACCCACGUACAGUACAUAGAUACAAUCAACUACUUGUAUUUCUAGAUUUUGUAGCCUGAGAUGUUUGAGGAAGCUACGACUCUUUGAUCAGCUUGUACCGCAACGAGAGAUGUCUGAAGCACAAGCCAAACCAGGGCCUAUGGUUCCAGAGUCAAUGCUGAAAACAGAGAAGAGGAGUGAGUAGUGGGCUUUGAAGAAGAAGGAAGAGCUUGCAGCUAUGAAAAGGAAGAAUAUUGAAUCAGAACUAAAGAAAUAUAUGAAUUAGUAUGAGGAGGAGAUGGUGGAUGUAAGCAACGAAAAGCUGGGCAAAGAGUUAUUGAGUUGUAGCUGUCCUAUAUGGCUUCCUUUGGAUCGUUCUUGAACAAUCCAAUUGGCCCUAAAACAACUCAUUUUUGGGGUCCUGUUGCUAACUGGGGAUGUGUAAUUGCUGGGCUGGUGGACAUGAAGAAACCCCCUGAAAUGAUCUCUGGCAACAUGGCUGGAGCAAUGUGCAUAUAUUCUGCAUUGUCCAUGAGGUUUGCAUGGAUGGUACAACCUCGCAACUAUCUGCUUCUAGCAUGCCAUGCCUCAAAUUAGAUGGUGCAGCUCUAUCAUCUCCCAUGGUGGGCUAAGGGCAAUGGUUUUAUCUUUGCCUGUUUGUUGGUUUAGGAGAGGUAAUAUGGAUUGAAAGUCAAGCCUUAUUCAACAUGGACUCUCAAUCUUCACUGCUUGGUAUUAGCAAAAUUAAGGCAAUGUUCCAAACUAGACCUCGCUUAUGUGCAAAACUUUCUUGACAGUGGUGAUUUGCACAUAGCCAAACUUGCAUGGCAUGUGUGAAAUGUGGCGAUGGAUGAUUGAUUGGCAGUUGGUGGUGUCUUGAAGGGCCGGGAAAACCCAUUUGGGUGGAAGUUUGUUGUCAGAAAGGUUUUAGAAAUGUAGUUAAGUUGAUUGUGUUUGAUUUUGUUUAGUUAUGGCCCCUAAAUUAGACUUAGAGGAAGAUUAUGUAGAGAAAAUUUGAAAUACAGUUGUUACAAUACUAUUAGGCCCCGUUUGAUAACCCUCCAGGGGUUGGGAUUGGAUUGGUAGAGUGGGGGUAUUAUCAAUACCUUGUUUGUUUUCCCAAAAAUGGUCCGGACUAUCAAUCCGGUGGGAUUGCUAAGACCCAACUUGGGGGUAUUGCUAAUACCCUCUUGGAGAUGGUAUUGGUAAUCCCAUCCCAACCUCUCCUCAUUAUCAAUCUCUUCUCAUUACCAAUCUCUUCUAUCAAUCCAAUCCCGUCAUCUAAUCCCAUCUCAAACAAACAUAAUAUUAAUAAUCCCAUCAUCGAAUCCCAUCCUAAACAAACAUACUCAUUACCAAUCCCUUCUUAUUACCAAUCCCAAUCUUAAUCUCAUCUCCUUACGAAUCCCAUCCAUCUAUCAUUGUUAUCAAACGGGGCCUUACAGUAUGAUUUUUCUUCCCAACUGAAAGUCCCUUUGCACUUCAGUUAUCCCUUUUCGUUGAUUGUUUCUUCUGUUUUUUUUUUUUUUGGAUGGGCAUUGUUUCUUCUUUUGUUUCUUCUAACAUUUGUGAUUUGUGUCUUCUGAUGACACUGAGCAAUAAGCACGGGCAUUAGACUAGUAGUAUCAAUUGACAAGUCUUACCGGGGGUUAUUUUAUUC